ACCUUGCAAAGGGAUCUGGCAGGGCGACCGGAGGGGUGGUUGUGGAUCUUCUGUGCAGGGAAGAGAGCCGCCUUUGGAAAGCAAGGGAGAUCUGGAUCUACCUUACUUCCCUUCCCUGGAAGGGGAAUCUGACCCGGAUCUUUCCCAUCCCCAGGGAAAUCUGUCUUUCCUUACAGGGCUUGUCUUGUUGUCUUUGUAUGGUGUGGUAUCCCCCCCGACAGCAGAUUUUUGGACAGAGAAGAAAGUGCCUCCACACCAGCGAUGUUGGAGGCAGCUUUGGAUUGUGGAUUAACGAUGGAGCGACAAGACCCAGCGUGCCCCAAAGUAGGGAUAGGCCUCCGUAUCAUUCAGGUCAAGAGUGGUGAGGAAUUCUGGGAAACCCUUGGACAGAAACCAUUAGAGGAUGACCCUCUCAGCUCGGAGCAACCACGUGAACAGUUCCGGCAGUUCUGCUAUCAGGAGGCAGAAGGUCCUCGAGAGGUUUGCGCCCGACUCCAUGAUCUUUGCUGUCAGUGGCUGAAGCCAGAGCAAUACACGAAGGCUCGAAUCCUGGACCUGGUGGUCCUGGAGCAGUUCCUGGCCAUCCUUCCCCCGGAGAUGUCCAGCUGGGUGAGGGAAUGUGGAGCAGAGACCACUUCCCAUGCGGUGGCCCUGGCCGAAGGCUUCCUCCUGAGUCAGGCAGAGGAGGAGAAGCAGGAGGUGAAACGGGAGGUGAAGCAGGAGCCAGGAACAUUUGUAGAAGUGCCGGCCAGUCUCCCAGAGGCAGAGAAGUUUCCAUGUAUGCCAGCAAUAAUGUCUCUUGAUUGUGGUGGGACAGAAAUAGCUUCUGAGCAUCAGGGUCCCUCACCCUGUAAGGAGGAAACUGCGUACAGCAAGGAGGGGAAGUGGACCCUGCUGGAUCCUGUCCGAAAGGCCCUGCCCAGGGAAGACAUGGAAGAGAAUUACAAGAUGGUCACCUCUCUCAGAGGUGACGGAUGGAAGAGCAGGAGAGAACACAAACUGUACAGUAUUUCUUUGGAAACAGGCAGACAUAUACAAAGGGCAGACCGGAACACGAAAACUGAAACAAAAGAGAAAAGAAGGGAUGGAUCUCAGAGUGUUGGUAACAUCUCUGAAUUCACACUUGAAGAAAAGAGAUGUAAAGGAAAAGAAAGCAGUCGGUGCCUUUUGUGUGAGAAAAGUUUCAGUAGUAAAUCAAGUCUUAAUCUUCAUAAGAGAACUCACACAGGAGAGAAGCCGUAUAAAUGCUUGGAGUGCGGCAAGAGCUUUGGUCAGAGCGCCCACCUUACGUCCCACCAAAGGAUUCACACCGGAGAGAAACCCUAUGAAUGCUUGGAGUGCGGGAAGUGCUUUAGUCAGAAGAUAACACUCACUUUUCACCAAGGAUCUCAUACAGGAGAGAAACCGUACAAAUGCUUUGACUGUGGGAAAACCUACAGUCGAAAGUCGUACCUGACGAGGCAUGAGCGGAAUCAUACGAGGGGGAAGCCCUACAAAUGCUUGAAAUGUGGGAAGUGUUUCAGUCACAGCCAAAAUCUACAUUCGCACCAGAGAAUUCACCGAGGUGAGAAACCAUAUAAAUGCCUGGACUGUGACAAGAGCUUCAACCAGAAGACGAACCUCACCAGACACAGAAGAAGCCACAUGGGUAUGAAACCGUUUAUAUGCUUGGAGUGUGGGAAAAGCUUCCGUGAGCGCACCAACCUGACCUCGCACCACAGAAUCCACACUGGGGAGAAGCCAUACAAAUGCCCAGUUUGUGAAAAGAGCUUCCGAACGAGCCGAAACCUCCGUUUCCAUCAGAGGAUCCACACGGCAGAGAAGCCGUUCAAGUGCUCCGAGUGUGGGAAGAGCUUCCGAACCAGCAAAGCCCUCAGCGUCCACCAGAGAACUCACACAGGUGAGAAGCCCUUUAAAUGUCCAGAGUGCGGGAAGUGCUUCAGUCAGAAGACAAACCUUACUUGUCACCUACGGACUCAUACCGGAGAAAAACCGCAUAAAUGCCUAGAGUGUGGGAAGAGCUUCCACCAGAAAACCAACCUCACUUACCACCAAAGAAUCCACACCGGGGAGAAACCGUAUCAGUGCUUGGAGUGUGGGAAAAGGUUUGGUCACAUUGUGAGCCUCACCGACCAUCAGCGGCUACACACAGGAGAGAAACCGUAUAAAUGCUUGGUGUGUGGUAAAGACUUCACUACAAGCAAAUACCUGAGUUACCAUCAAAGAAUCCACACCGGGGAAAAGCCAUUCAAGUGUUUAGAGUGUGGAGAGAGCUUCUGCUGGGCUAACUCCCUUACUUUACAUCAGCGGCUUCACACUGGGGAGAAACCCUAUAAAUGCUUGGAGUGUGGGAAGAGUUUUUGCGAGAGCACCAGCCUGACGUCCCAUCAAGCGAUCCACACGGGGGCAAAACCCUAUCAGUGCCUGGAGUGUGGAAAGAGCCUCAGCAGUAAAAAAUCCCUGACGUCCCACCAGCGGAUCCACACUGGAGAGAAACCCUAUAAAUGUCUGGAAUGUGGUAAGAGCUUUAGCAUGAGUACCAAUCUCACCUCCCAUCAAAGAAUCCAUACUGGGGAGAAACCCUUCAAAUGCUUGGAAUGCGGCAAGUGGUUCAGUCACAAGACGAACCUCACGUCGCAUCAGAGGACUCACACGGGGGAGAAACCCUACAAAUGUCCAGAGUGUGGGAAGAGCUUUGGUCAUCGAGCCCACCUGAUUAACCAUCAAAGAACACACAUCAGAGUAAAACCUUAUCAGUGCACGGAGUGUGGGAAGAGCUUUGGUGUGAGCACGAGCCUCCGUAAACACCAGAAGAUCCACAGGGCGGAGAAACCAUACCAGUCAGCUGAUGCUUGGAAUGAAGACGGAUCUCCAGGCCAUGAUGAAACCUCCGUAGAUGCCCAAGAAUCCACAGCAGAAAAACCAUAGGCAGGCAGGCCAGAAAUGUAGAAUGAAUUUUAUUCAUAAGAAUUGAAGCGUCUUUUUGAAGCCGUCUAGAUUGGUUGUAAUUGACUAGCUAGGCGGGAUAUAAAUACAAUAAAUAAAUAAAUUUUUCAGUGGAAGAAGGGGGAAAUAUACUGAUCAUGGUUACCAGUCCUUGUAGAUUCUCAUGCUGUAGAUGAAAAUCGGGGUUACACUUUUUCCUCUAGAACUCAGUCCAUAGCCAGGGGGAAUACACCUAAGCAUUCUGCUUUUUCCACAGGAUUAAGCCAUGGGGGUUAUGGGUGUGUUUUAACACCAUGGGCUGCUGCAUCGGCUUUAAUCUUAUUGCGAGUACCUAAAGCUGUGGGUUAAACCGCAGAAGCCUCUGUCUGUGCUGCAAGGUCAGAAGACCAGCAGUCGGAAGAUCAA